AUGCUGACCGCUCUCUUCCUUGCUCAAAGCCGGACUGAUACCAAAUACACAUGCACACUGAAAGCUGGCUAUAUACCCAGUCUACUCAGUGACAUUGUAUGUGCAGCAUCUGAUUCUCUUGAUGCAUUGGAGCUGUUCAGCGAGCUCUUACAGGAGGAUCAUGCUUCAGCUUCUUCUACAGGCUAUAUGGCAUUUGAUGCCCAUGUCGGAGAUACUGCCUGCCAGCUGCGUGCUCUCAUGAUCAUGGUUCUCAGACAGCAUCUAUUGAAGGAUGGGCGCGCUGACCGAUUUCAACGACAUAUUGCUUCUAUGACAAAUGCACUCCAAAAUGUCAUUACCCGAGCGCGAGACUCAUGUCGGAUGUUGACCGCAAAAGGAUCCAAUUUUGAAAAAUUUGGGUUUAAUCGGGCGGGAGAAUCGCGAUGCAGUCUCUUGAUGAAGCUUGGAUGGGUAGAGCCCAUCACCGAACACGAGACGCGGUCGGCGGGAUCUAUAGAAGAUUGGAAUCCAGACAAUUUCCAACAGGUCAUUCGUCUCCUCGCCUACAGUUAUGUCCUUUCAAAAUACAAAACGUUUGUGCGACGGAAGCACAUAAUCGGAGCUGAAUUGGACCCUGAAAUCCCAAUACAAUACGCUGCUCGACUCAUGGAGUCUGAUUACAACUCGAAGAACCCCGUCUUCCCUUAUUGGACUCAACAAAAACGUGUUGAGCAUGACUUCCAAUGCAUGCAGGUCUGGCUAUCAGAGCUGAGCUGUGCAUGGCUGAGAUCACUAGCACACGCACGGGAGCGAAACGACAAACUGCAGAGGUGA